CAGUUGUGGCCCUAAAAAACGUUCUCUCUCUCUCUCUCUCUCUCUCGCUGGAAUUGGAAACGCAUAAAAAACGUUUUCAGUCCCCCAUCCCAGCAACCCAAACCAAAUCCAAAGAAAAAUAAUACUCGUCUCUCUCUCUGAGAACAACACACACACAGAAGCAACAAUGGCGUCUCUAAUUCAGUGGCUCUACGAGCACCCAUCGAUGAGGAAAUUCGAGUGGAGCUCCGAGCAGACCCCAGGCUCUUCCCCUCUCUUUGUGGCCACCACAGUCCUCCUCUAUCUCUCUCUAACCUCCCUCCUCCACCUCCUCAUGCGCACACUCAAACCCCCCCUCAAACCCCUCUCUCUCCUCAUCCCAAUUCACAACCUCUCUCUCUCCUCCCUCUCCCUCCUCUUGGCCCUCUCCGCCGCCCUCUCCGCUCGUACCCACAUCUCCCUCCACUCCCUCUCCCACGCCUGGCUCUUCUGCUUCCCCCAAAGCACCAAGCCCCAAGGCCCGGUCUUCUUUUGGGCCUACAUCUUUUACCUCUCCAAAAUCUACGAGUUCACAGACACUCUCAUUAUAGUCUUGAAGAAGAGGCCCAUCACCUUCUUGCACGUGUACCACCAUGCCCUGGUGGUUGUUAUGUGCUAUCUCUGGUUGGAGCAAGUGCAGUCUCUCAUGGUGGUGGCACUUGUGACCAAUGGACUGGUGCACACAUUCAUGUAUUCAUACUAUUUCUUGUGCAGUGUUGGGUUUGCGCCCAAGUGGAAGAGGGCUGUGACCCUGGCUCAGAUUCUGCAGUUUGUGUUCAGUUUUUGUGCCUCCAUUGUGAUGCUGGUGAUGCAUUUUUGGAUAGAUGAAGGGUGCAAGGGACUUGGGGCUUGGGGCUUCAAUGCUGUGUUCAAUGCCUCUCUUUUGCUGCUUUUCUUGAAUUUUCAUGAGAAGCAAUAUAAUGCUCAUGGUGAGGGUGAGGGCAAGGGCAAGGAGAAGAAAAGCAACUAGUUUUUGCGUUAGAUGGAUUUCAAUACUGAAACCAGUCGUUGGGGUCUUUGUUCCUUUCUUCAAGUUUUGUGGUGAGGAGAGAGAUGGGUAAGGGAUUUCUCUCUCUCUUUUUUUCGAAAAUAUUAUUAAGGGAUCUCUCUUUCUUUCAAAAUGAGAAGAGAAUGCUAUUAUGAGUGAUUGGUUCUUUUGCUUGAUGAACUUGUUCUUGCUUUUUGUUUUCCUGAUUUUUGAGAGAUCAGAGUUUAAAGGUCAGGGAGGAUGGUGGUUCAAGGUGUUAUCGUUUUAGGGAAAUGAGAAGCCGGAUUGAUUUGCUUUC